GCCACAAAGAGACGGUGACGCUGCUGCUCGACAAGGGCGCCAACGUCAACGCCCAUAGUGAACGCGCCAACAACGCACUCUACGCGGCUUCAUUUAGAGGCCACAAAGAGACGGUGACGCUGCUGCUCGACAAGGGCGCCGACGUCAACGCCCAGGGUGGAUACCACGGCAACGCACUCCAGGCGGCUUCAUUUGGAGGCCACAAAGAGACGGUGACGCUGCUGCUCGACAAGGGCGCCGACGUCAACGCCCAGGGUGGAUACCACGGCAACGCACUCCAGGCGGCUUCAGUUGGAGGCCACAAAGAGACGGUGACGCUGCUGGUCAACAAGGGCGCUCUCACAUAAGAGCAGGUUCUAUCCUCUGUUCUUUCAGCGUCCUGCUCUGUGGGCUUAGUCUCUUUUAGUCCUAGACUGGCUGAGCACGCUUAGUGUAAUCAUGCUUACGAGUGAGAUCUCACAGUCAUUUUGACGACCCUGUACUUACCUUCGCCACUGUUGGCAAACAAUAUGGCCGACCCGCACCGGCCACACCCUUGCCAGGGAACAGUUUAUGUGUGCUUGCCAGAAGACGGAGACUGCGCCACAAGGUGUAGCUGGAUAGCAAGGCUUUAGUUAUCACUGUAGCUUAGAGUGUGGCUAGCGAAAGUAGCAG